AUGCAUUCUGGUGAGACGGUGGCCACGACGCCCCAAUUGACCCACAGAAUUUCCAGGCGGUCCAUCUCGAAGCAUGUUCAGCCGUUCAAGGACAAUCCGGACGCUUUAGACUGGCUCCGUCGCAAACUCAAUCCUGAGUGGGAGAUCGACGUUCGUGGCGAGCUCGACGAGGGAGACGACAACGGAGUCGAUCUACUUAUGGACAAGCUUGUUUCUGAGAACGUCAACACCGUCCAGGAGUACCGAUUUUUGUCCACGCUCAAUCCGCAGCUCGACACGCUUGAUUACGACUCAAAUUACGCCAAGUUCAGCGAGCUCCAGUCCACAAUUAAAAACACAAGAACCUAUUUGAAACCUUUGUUUGAUUAUUUGCUGGAUUUCGAACAGAACCUCGACAAAUUGUCCCGCGAAAUGGAGUUUCUGCAGAAACGGUCGGAUCUGCUGAAUGUGCAGAUCACUCGUAAACAGCAGCUGGACGUGAAAUUGACUCCCGUGAUUAACGAUUUAAUUAUCCCACCCUCGGUGAUCAACUCAAUUGUCACCGACAAGGUGGACGAGCGGUGGGUGGAGAAUAUCACCUUUUUGGCCGAAAAGAAAGAGAUCUACUCCAAGUACGCGGGCGAGAACCAGCCAAAGUCGCUGCCGGAGCUCGUGAAACUGCUCGAUCUGAUGGAACUCAAGGUGAUUGAACGUGUUCGGGACUUCAUGGUGACCCAAAUUAAGGAACUGCGGAAACCCAACACUUCGUCCCAGGUGGUGCAGAACCAGAUGCUUGAGGUGAAGGAGGUGUUCCCGUUUUUGCAGAAGAAAAACCCCAAGCUCAGCAACGAGCUGUGUCAGGCGUACUGCUACACCAUGAGAUGGUACUACCACCAGAACUUUGUCAAGUACUUGUCGUCGCUGGAACGGAUAAAGGUGUACAAGGUGGACAAGAACGUGCUGCUGGGGUCGCUGGACGAAGAGUCCGGGUCGUCGAAUUCUAGCUCGCUAUUUGGCUACGCUAACCAGAAGUUCGAGGUCACCUCGAACGAAUAUCUCAUCAACCUGACGAAACGCCUGGAGGUGCUAUCGAAGGGCGACGAGACGGUGAUGCCGAGCCAGAUCGCGGAGACCAUGAACAUCAAGCACUGGCUCGAGAGCGUGUUCCGCGACUUCAAUCUGGCGUUGUUGGAUAACGUUUCUGUGGAGUACCUGUUCCUGAACGAGUUCUUCCAGCUCACACGCAGCGAGCAGCUGAAUGAUAUUAUCAAGACCAUCUUCAACCCUGUUUACCAGCUGGGCCACAACUACACCAAGUAUUUGAUUUCAAACUCGUACGACUACUUUGGCGUGCUGAUCGCGAUCCGGCUCACACAGCACCUGGAGUACGAGCUGCAGCACCGGCGCAUCCCUGUGAUGGAGGACUACCUGAACUACCAGCUGAUCAUCCUGUGGCCCAAGUUCCAGAACCUAAUAGACCAGAACUGCAUGAGUAUCAAGAAGGCUGUGUCGUCAUCUGUGCUGAUCAAGAGCGUCACCAAGAACAUCAUGAUUCCGAUGGGGCUGACGCAGAACUUUGGCCGUGUGCUGCUGGCGCUUCUACAGCUGUCCAACAACCUAAUAGAGCAGGAGACCUCGGAGCCUCUGACAAACUCGAUUGUGCGGCUGCGGAGCGAGUUCGAGAGCACGUUAAUGAAGCUGAGCGCGUCGUUCGACCCGAAGAAGCGCGAGAUCUUCCUGUACAACAACUUUGCGUUGGUGCUGACGAUUCUGGGCGACUUGGACCAAUCGGAGAAGGUCAACACCGACGAGGUGAGCCAUUUCCAAAAUCUUGUAGACGCAUACACAAACUCCGCAUAA